AUGGCAUCGGUCUCUCAGGCCUUGUCAUCAACUCUCCUUGGCUGCGCUCUUUGCAUAAUCAUUAUCGCCGUAUCCACGACCCACUGGAAAGGCGGAAGCCUUUUCGACAUGCAAAUCGCUCAAAGCGUGAAGACUGCUUUAGCGUGUGCGGGAAUGCUGGUGACAGGUACGGUCCUUUGGACGAUAGCCUUCAUACUUGGACUGGUGCGCUUCUGUAGUGGAGAGGAUUUUGUCGGCCAGAGAGGCACUUGUGAUGUUUACCAAGACGUCCAAAGGUUACACCGCCAGGUAAAUAAGGCCUAUAAAAGGGCGAACUGCAAAGACCGGUUCAUAGUAAACAUGGCUACCUUAGUAUCCGCUAUUAUUCUUUUUGUUGCCGCUCUUGUGACAGCGACACCGGUAAUUCCUCCACCGGGAUUCACUGAAGUUGAACAGACGACGAUCACGGGCUUGCUGGAGAAGCACAAACUCAGCGACAUUAUCAAGAUACUGUUAUACGUGGAGGAAAGACGUUUCAUUAAGCCUCCUCCACGACAUCAUAGUGAAGAAAUAAAGCCGGAUGGCAAGGAACAAAUGACGACCCCCAGACCGAUUCCGGAGGAAGAGAUUGAGGCGACACCAGAUGAGGCCAGAAAGGACGACGCGGUUUAUCCGGACCGAUACCGAUUGAACGAAUUUUUUGACGAAGAGCCGUGGAGACAUACUAGGGACAGAACUUCAGAUUUUGAGGACCUUGACAUUGAUGUUGAAGACGAUGAAGGCUCGGAUGAUGAGGCAGCCACAUGGAGCAACAGUAGUUCUGUCGCAACACCUCGCGUAUAUUCUCCCGCGAUACCUUCUCUCUUCCCGACUUUGCCACCUGUUCUCCGUUUUGUUAAGGAUGAUGAAAAAGUGGCUCAUCUACCCGCUCCAAUCAUCAAAAAAUUAAUUUGGAGGAACAGUGGUCUCACCCCCAAUGUUGUCAAGCGAGCAUUGAAGCGAUCUCACUUUAGGCUGACUGAGAGCUCAUUUGAACUGGGUCGAAAAGACCGCCUGACCGUGAAUCUCGGUAAAAUGCGUACUCGGUUCGGUGUCUCGGAGUAUAACUUCUAUCCAACUACUUUCAUUUUGCCACGGGAACUCACGCGGCUGAGGGAAACGUGGAAGAAAGAUACAGGCGUGCAUCCAUCCUGUCCCACGAAACGUGGCUGUGCGCGAUGGAUAAUCAAACCACCUGCCAGUGCAAGAGGAAUAGGCGUACAUCUGGUGAAUAAGUUUGCGGAAAUUUCGAAACGGAAGAAGUCCAUUGCCCAAGCCUACAUAUCUGAACCCUACCUGAUUAACGGUCACAAGUUUGACCUUCGAUUGUACGUCUACGCUAGCAGUGUGGACCCACUUCGACUCUACAUCCAUAAGAAUGGCCUCGUGCGGUUCGCUUCGCAAAAGCCUCUGCAAGUUCUAUGGCGUUAUCUUGAGAAGGAAGGACAUGACACAGCCAAACUAUGGACGUCCAUAAAGUACAUAGUCUUUAAGACAAUGGCGUCGGCGGUGGCCAAAAUGGCGAGUCUGGUGCUGCACAACGUUGCCCGACGGGAGAGCGUUCACGAGCUGUUCGGCUUCGAUAUCCUCAUCGACUCACACCUCCGACCUUGGCUCCUUGAAGUCAAUAUAUCACCCAGCCUUCAUACAUCGUCUCAGUUAGACAAUACAAUCAAGUCUGAAGUUGUUGUUGACAUGUUUAAUCUUGCCGGUUUCCGAGUGCCACCAAAAUCUGUGAGAGGGGAACCAAAACACAGGACAAACACCUUCAAUCAAUCUCGAAAACAACCAAAUGAAACGGGUAAUGGAACAACAGCAUUUGGCGAUGUAUCUAACCCUUCAAACACGGUGGAAGUGGAAGAAGAACAAAUGCCUAUCCACAGAGCUGAACAAUUGCGCUAUAAUCUUACCGAAAUGGAAAGAAUGAAGCACAGACUAUUUACUGUGAGAGCGCAAUCACUCACGGACAUGAAAACCAUAUUGGAUAAUCCAACGACUGACGACGUUCUUAUGCUAGCCAAUACAUUAAACGAGUGGUAUCGCGCUUCCCUCGGGCAUUUUGAACGCAUCUUUCCCCAACACGGACCAGAAAGCUCCCGCCUGAUAACCUUCAUCGAUUCCAUGGGUUGCGAUGGUCUUAAUUUCGGUCCUGGGCGUCUUGGGUCACCGCGGUACUACGACGUUCUGCUGCACCAGUUCCUAGAGAAGUAUGGCACUUCCGUGCAAGAGGACGAAUCCGGCUCCACUAAGCUGGAUGCAUUUUUCAGGCAGGAGUCACCACAAACUCAAUGCAAAACGAGAGACCAAACACUCAGUCAGCUAUCGAAAAAAUUAGGAGUCUCAGUUGAUGGUAUAAAUUUUGUUGCAAAACUUGCUGAUGAAUACUUACCAAAGAUAGCCUCGGCCAACCCAUACUCGCUUCCCGACGACACAUUAAACCCCGGUUUGAGGUCUUCUGUUCCAACCCCAACAUCAGUCACUCCCUCCAACCCACCGAAGGCUUAUCCAUCCCUCUCCGCCUCCUCCUCUUUAUCUGGACGACCGCCAAUGCCCCCCAAACCCCUACCCCCUCCUCUGCCAAAAGUCCGAGAACCGGCUUCUAAAAAGGCCUCUAGAAAACCACUCAAAUCGUCUACCUGGAUCGCAAGACCACACAUUGACUCAUCUAUCCCCCAAACUACUACUACUAUUGAUGAUAUUCUAAUGAAGGAAGAGGAGAAAGAGGCAGAAAUUGGAGAAUUCAUGUUAAAUUGGCACAACUUAUAA